AUUAAAUCUUCUCGUGCCUAGGGUUCAGGAAAUUAUUAGGGGACCAUUAUCAGUGAAAGCGUUGUGCUUCCUUUUUCGAAAUCGCACAAACGCGAUUAAAAGUUAGUUUUACUUUUUCCGUUUUGAUGAGGUUUUCCUUUUGCUUGAGAAAAGCCGGAAUGAUGUAUUUAUAAAUCGUAAACAGAUAAUAACUUGGAAAAUCUUGAUCUGGCUAAGAAAAAGGGGAGGAGUCAACAUUUUUUCUAAAACUGCUAAGUAUAAAAAGACUUUCGGUUUCUUAAACCUCAGACAUUUCACAAAAAACCAAAGUUGGAAAAAGAGCAAAGAAGGAGCAUUCAUUAAGGCAAUCAUUAUGUCAAACAAAUACCAUUGCUUGAUUGUUGCGUUAGCAGUAUUCUCUUGCCAAGUAUUCUUACCGGUCCAUUCUUACAAACACCAACAGAACAAUGAUGGUCUAGCAGUGCUUUUGGCUGCCGGAUUGCUCGCCAAGAUCCUGCGCCAUAAGCAUGAAGAGCACCAUGUACACAUCCCAGUACCAGUACACCAUCAUGAAGAUCAUCAUGAACAUCAUGAACAUCACGGACAUCAUGGUUCUGGAUCUGCAAGGAUUCCAAUGCAACACCCAGCAGGAGUACAAGUACCAAUGCAACACCCAGCUGGAGUACCAGUACAUGCAGCAGCAUUGCCUAUGCAGCAUGUAUAUGGUGGUGCCAUGGUUGGAGUACCAUCUCAUGCAAUCAUCCGACGUAUCAUAUACACAGCACCACAACCGCAUAUGCAACAUGCUGCUCCCAAUCCACAUGCAAUGCCAUAUUAGAACUUGGUAAAUCGAAUUUUCAUUUGCAGCAACUGCCAUUAUUUCACGAUCACUUUACAUUCAGAAUUGCAUAAUUGACUGUUCAUGAUCUUUUGUUUAGCUUACUAAUUUUGCUUGUUUUUUAAAAAUUUCAUAUUUGAUUUGAACAUAUUCUCAGCAAAUUUAAAUUUAAAUUUUAUAUUGCUAUUGCAGUUUUUACAGUGAGUAUUUGUACAUAACACUUAACUAACUCAACACUGGAUUAUAAAUUUUGGAAAACCAUCAGAAUGCUUUUUAGCAUGCUGCAUUUUUAUUCUGUAAAUAAUUUAUUUUGAAACAUUCAAGCUGUGAUUCUGUAAAUUUCGCUAGUCAAAAUAGUUAUUAUUAAUGCUGAAUUUCAAACAAUUUAUUUCAGCAAACAUUUACGAUGCAAUAUGAGUUUGUUAUUAUUUAUUGAUAUAAUAAAUAUUUUAUUGUGUAUGUA